UUAGCGUUCCGUAGCGCGCCGGUAAGCCAAAGAGACUUAGUUGGCAAAAACAUAAAAAAAAGGCCUGAAUCGGAUCGGAAGGAUUGGUCCGAUUCCUAAUAGUUUUCAUUCUCGAAUUUGUGUUGAUUCGACGAAGCCUUGCCACCGUUGCAGACGAACACUUCACACUUUGUAAACACUUCACGAUCCAAAAUCUGAAUUUAAAUGAUUUAUACCUUUGUCCUUUCGUCGUUUGGCAAUCCUCCAUCAAUAUUUUAUGAUAUUGCUAUCGGGGCGUUUCCAAAGUCCGAAGUAUGAACAUUUUUGGGUUCACCUUGGUGUUAUACUAGCAUUCAUAUAGAAGAGACUAGCCGUGCAGUGUAACAUUUUGAACUGUACAUAAGAGGCCAAAAAUGUGUAUCUUGUUUGUUUAUGUAAAUCCAAAGCCAGAACCUGGUGGUUACAAAAUAAUUCUAGCAAGUAAUCGGGACGAAUCGCUGUCUAGGCCUGCUCUACCUGCACAUGAAUGGUUGCCAAACCAUGGUGGAGUAUAUGGAGGAAUUGAUAUGCAACCUGGUAAGGAAGGUGGAACUUGGCUAGCUAUGAACAAGCAUGGAAGAAUAAGUGUCCUUUUGAAUGUUGGCCAAAGUGACAGCGAAACUGCUGUUAUUACUGACCCAUCUUCUGGAAGAGGUUUUUAUGCAGUUGAAUGGGUCACAAAUAUGAAAAAGGAUAUGCAAGGAAUAUUCAAUAUUGUUAAAGAGAAACAUGGAAACCGUGAACAGACCUUUAGGCUUGUUGCAUUUGAUACAAAUGGGGAACCUAAAGUAGGAACGCUUACCUACGCGGGUAGUAAGCAUGAUGGAUUUCUUGAGGAAUUUCUGCCUCCUGGAGUGCAUGCUUUGGGAAAUAAUACCCCUGACAUUACUUGGAAUAAGAUAGUCAAUGGGAAAAAGGAAUUUGAGUCCAUCAUUAAAAACACUUUUUCUUGGAACAACAGACAAGACCUUUUAGACUCCCUUAUUAUGCUGUUGGGAAGCAGGGAAAAACAUUGGCCAGAUCCUGGGAUUGUACAACAGAUGAAAGGUUCAGAUUUGGUUAUGCAAGGCCUAAGUGCAAUAUUUGUGGACAUCUCUAGGGUUUAUGGGACCAGAACACAAACUGUGAUUUUAAUCAGUUAUGAGAACGAGGCACUAUUUUACGAAAGAACAAUGGAAGGUGCUUCGGGUGAUCAACCAGUUGCGUGGAUUGAAAGCCACCAUGCAUUUAAUUUAGAAACAGAUGAUUGUUCAAUUGGUGAUCUAUCCGGGAAAAGCGACCAGUUUAUUGUAAGCUUGCUCGAGAUUUUGACUUAGAGAUCGACAUUUUUUAGAUCGGCGCCGGAUGUUGAAGGCAUGCCUACAUCAUCUGGCGGAAUAAAACGGCCUAUCGGCUGUACAGCUUCCUAAGAAAAAAUAGUGGUCCAUUUGAAUGAAUGCAAUAAACUACUUCAGAUCAAUUA